CAAUAUGAUUAACUGACAAUAAAGGCCAUUAAAGGAAAAAAUAGGGAUAAUGAUUACUAAAUUGAGUUCAAGGAGGAAAUCACACGAUAAACACUUACUGUUUCAGGAAAAAACACAUUUUACACAAUAGAGGAGUGGGUGUCAGUUUGGUCAGAGUAACUAUUAAAUAUGACUGGAAAACAUCUAUUAUGAUUAAAGGGCUAUUUAAAAAACAUAAUACCAUUGGAAUGGCGACCUCUGAUGCAAGAUGAAAUAAUAAUGAACAUUUCAAUCAACAUCUACAAGGAAUCUGAUUAAAAUACAUUUCAGAUAAUUCAUGGGCGCCCUCUGGUGGUCAUUGAACUGUAUUUCAUGUUUUUACGUAAUUACCGGUGUGAGAGAUCAUGCAGUUUUGCGAUUGCAAUCGUUUGCCAUUUGUGUUUGAUGCUCGUUCUAGACCAGCACUUUAUUUUCUAUUUAGUUUUUUUUACAUCGCAUGUGUGCAUUUGGCAUUUUAGUCUACACUUGCCUUGUAUGUGUUUCUUGGUAUCGAACCCACGAUCUUUGCGUUGCUAGCUCAGUUCAGCAACACCGUAGUUUUUGUGUACACGUGCAUGUAAAACGAUCAUUUUAGAAUACGUAGGUUUUGUUCCGCUGUGUUUUAAAUGGUAAAUCCGGGACGAGCCUUGAAUCACAUACCGUAAGACUGACGAGCCAGAGCCAGGACCAAUCAGAGAUCGCGUACAGCUCUACGUUCGCUUGACCUCUUGCUCUCAUUUGUUUUGCUAGCACUUAGCAACGCAGUGGGCAUGAGAAUCCCGCUGUUAUUUCUAAGUAGCAUGAAAAUCCACGAUCCUGCCUCUCGCUGACACCACACGUUUAGUUAAUAACAGAAACAGGGAUUAUGUGCCAGUCCCCAGACAGACAGCUCACAGUAGGGAGGAUAAUAGCCGUCUGCUGGACAGCCAAACAUAAGUGGUGUGGACAGGAGAAUUUUCCAUCAAAGAAGAAUGGAGACACCAACAGAGAACCCAGCGAGGUGCCUGGCAAGUGAAGCGUACAGGUGUGAGCCUGAGGCAGGUGCGGAGGGUGAGGGCUGGGGAAGUGACUCUAACGCACAGCCCUGCAACACACCAAUCCAUGUAUGCGCAGUAAACAAGAAGAAAAAGAAAAGAAAGAAACUGUGGAUAAAUCUGACCAACUGCAAAUAUGAAAGUGUGCGCCGCGCUGCUCGCAGAUAUGGGCUGCGAGAAGCUGUGGAGGGCGAAGACUGGACCUUGUUUUGGACCGACUGCUCAGUCUCACUAGACAGGGUCAUGGAUAUGAAGCGUUACCAGAAAAUCAAUCAUUUUCCUGGCAUGAAUGAAAUCUGCAGGAAGGACCUACUUGCACGAAACAUGAACCGUAUGUUGAAACUCUUUCCAAAGGAGUACAACAUUUUCCCCCGCACAUGGUGCCUCCCUGCAGACUAUAGUGAUUUUCUAGCAUACACCAGAGCCAAAAAGCACAAAACUUACAUUUGUAAGCCAGACUCAGGUUGCCAAGGUCGUGGUAUCUAUCUUACCAAGUCCAGCAAGGACAUUCGGCAAGGAGAACAUAUGAUCUGUCAGGUGUACAUAUCUAAGCCGUUCAUCAUCGAUGGCUUCAAGUUCGACCUGCGUAUUUAUGUGCUAGUGACCAACUGUGACCCUUUCCGUGUAUUUAUGUACAAUGAGGGACUGGUCCGAUUCUGCACAACUCAAUACACUGACCCCAAUGGCAGCAAUUUGGAGGAUGUUUGCAUGCACUUAACAAACUACGCAAUCAACAAACACAGUGAAAACUUUGUGCGAGAUGAAGAUACUGGCAGCAAACGAAAACUCUCCACCUUUAAGAAGCUCAUGGAAGCCUUGAAUUACAAUACAGAGAAGAUGUGGACCGACAUCGAGGACGUCAUCAUAAAGACACUAAUAUCGGCUCAUCCCAUUCUCAAACACAACUACCACACAUGCUUUCCCAACCAUGCAUCAGGCAGUGCCUGCUUUGAGAUUCUGGGCUUUGAUGUGCUACUUGACCAUCGAUUUAAACCUUGGCUUCUUGAGGUCAACCAUUCACCCAGCUUCACCACAGACUCCCGUCUGGACCGGGAGGUAAAGGACGACCUGCUUUAUGACACUUUGGUGCUGAUUAACCUGGGAGCUUGUGACCGCAGGAAGAUCACUGAGGAGGAGAGACGCAGGGUCAAAGAGAGACUCCAGCAGAACCGUUCUAGAGAAGCCAGGAGCGAGGAGCUUCGGCAGUCGCAGGCCGCUAGCAUGGAGCUGAUGCAGAGAUACGAGGCCAAACACAUGGGCGGAUUUCGACGGAUCUUUCCUCGAGAGGGAGGAGAGCAAUACGACAAGUAUUUUCAGCACAGCGGCUCUCUCUUCCAGGAGACUGCAGCGUCCAAAGCCAGGGAGGAGUGUGCCAGGCAGCAGUUGCAGGAACUUCGUCUGAAGCAGGAGCAGAAGGAAUGGGAUAAGAAAGGCUCACGGAAGCGAAAUCUUCAAGGUGAAUCUGCUGGAGAAAGAGUAAAACCAAGACGGAUUCAGGCUCAGCCCACACAAUUGAACCCAAAUUCACUACCUGCUAUGCUUGAAAAUCCCACCUUGAAAGGAGAGACAACUAUUGCUCUUGACCUAUCAGAGGAAGAUGAGGCAGAGAGAGUCAGUGAGCUUCACCAACGAGAGACCCUGCUGCUGAACAUGGGUGUGGUUAACCAGGUCCGCCAGCUGCUUCAAAGUGCCAAUCAUACUUCUGAACCUAUCAACCACUCGCAUGAACAAGCCAGGUUUCGUUCGCACUCUAGACACGACCACAAGCUGGACCCCUUUGCAGAGAUGUCAUGGAGGCAGAAGAACAUCUGCACUAUGAUGCAACAGCAGGUAUCUACGAAAGCCAAACCAUCCCUGCAGUAUGUACAUUCCCAGCAGGUGCAAAACCGAAAGCCGUGGCCCUCCCUGGAAGGGAGGCUUCAGCCGGUCCAUACUGAGAAGGGUGCUUUAAAACACUGUACAACAGAGAUGUCUGCAUGGAAUGAAGAGCAGCGGCCAUCUGCCGGUCUAAUAAAACCUUGGACAAUGAAUGGCUCUUGUGCAUGGCGUCAGGGCAGUUUGAGCUCCUCUUUGGCUGAGUCGAAAGCCAGAGCGGCAAUGUUAGGAAUGCCUCCGCUCAUUCCAGGGCGACUACAGGGUCCCAUGAUGUCCCCUGACCCCAAAGCUCUUUACAUCAUUUCCACCCCUGCGCCUCUUGUCCCGAGGCCGCAUCUCUCGCACAGCCUCCGUAAGGGCACUCGCAGAGUCUCCCAGCAUGAGCACAGUCACUGACGCAGGACAACAUAAAGACAUGCUCAGCAUUACAAAUGUGAAAUCUGAAUCCACUUCCUGUAUUCCAUAAUGGAAAUGUUAAAUUGCUCAGUGAAAACUAAAGCCAUUUCUCUUUUUUUUUUUCAUGAUUUAGUUACAGUUACGAGGUGUUAAAAUCAAAUUUUGGACUGGUCCCUGGUGUGAUUGUUUUAGGUAUAGAUUGUUUUUACGUCCUCCCACUUUAUAUAGCUUUUGUUAGCUGAUAUUUUUGUCACAUUGCCAAGGUGAAUAUUAAAAAGUAUAUUUUAACAGUAA